AAUGCUCUGCAUCUAAAAAUAACUUUUUCCCAGUGGAAAGUGAUUAGGGCUAUUUGAGCCAGUCUGAACGCUAGACAGGCCUGUGACUAAAUUGGAAACCAACGUACCCAGAUUGGGUUCAAAAGCAUGAGAGAUGGGACAAAAUCUGGAUACGCCUGGAGUGGUAACAGGGAAGCAGAAUUGGGGUUCAAGAAAGCUAAUGUAACUCAGCCUGAUGGAAAGACUGAGCUCAUUAGACCCCAGAAGCUCAAUAAUCCUGUGAAGGAUUCCAAGAGUUAUCGCGCUCUGCAUCGUGAACUGGUGUUAAGUCACAAGAGAGGCUUUGCACUUCCGAGAAAACCUGAACUCCAACGGGUAAUGGAACAAAGAAAAUAUAAUUUAUUAAGGGAACAGGAAAAAGCCCAGAGACCCAAAACAGACUUUGAACAAGAACUUAAUAAGUGGCACCAGAAACUAGAGCAGUAUGAACAGGAACAACAAAGGUUGGAAGAACAUGAAAAUGUCCCAGAGUUUGUCAAGAUCAAAGAAACUUUGAGGACAACAAAGAAAGCAGCUACAGUGAAUGGCUAGAUUAACUAGUCGAGAAUAAAAUAGUGAUUAACUUACGCUGUGCCUCUUGGUAUCCUAGCCCAUGAAGUGAUGGGAAAGAUGGAACUUGUAGCUUUCAACAAUGAACUGAAUUAUUUCUGGUAAAAUUUGGCUCAUUUUUCACUUAAAGCACAACAGUUCUCAAAUCUGAGCAAUGAUUUUUAUCGUAUUAUCAGUGGGUCAUUUCACUCAUUUGGUUAUUCUCAGUUUUGGAAACAUCUGUUUGUCCACAGUAGCCGAUUACUUUGUAUUUUCUUUUGGUCAUUUUAAACAGGUAUGAACCAAGUUCCUCUAAAGAUGUAAUCUACUAUGGUCAGAAAUUACUGAUAUUAAACAAUUGUAUGUCAUAUUGUCUACAGUAUAGCUAAUUACAAAGAUAGUUUACUGAAUGAAAUGGUUUACAAAGUGUGUUUAUUGGAACAACAUUAGCUUUGUUAGCAUUGUGGACUUCAGGACGGAGCAGACGAACCAUCCUCCUCUGUGAAUACAUGGCUCCUCCAUAGCGAGAGUUAAGUACACCAAGUUCCUGGGAGUUCACAUCAUGGAUGACCUCCCCUGAUCCCUCAAUAUCACCUCCCUGAACAAGAAGGCAUAGCAGUGCCUCCACUUCCUAAGAAAGUUGAGGCAAGCAAGGCUCCCUCCCAUCUUAACCGUGUUUUACAGGAGCACUAUUGAGAGUAUCCUGAUAAGUUGCAUCUCCAUCUGUAAUGGGAACAGUUGAACAUUGGACCAAACGUCCCCACAAAGGACUGUGAGAACAGAUGAGAAGUUCAUAGGGGUCCUCUCUGCCAUCCACCAAGGACAUUUAUCAGGAACACUGCAUACACAAGGCCCUUGCUAUUAUUAAGGAUCCCACUCAUCCAUCCAGCAUCACCUUUGACUUUCUACCAUCAGGCAAGAGACUACAAUGCAUAACAAUAAGAAUGGUCGGGAUGAGAAACAGUUCCUUCACCCCAGGCUAUUAGGCUUCUGAACUCCCUGCUGCAUCACUUUCAAAGUGUCACUGGUUAAUCUGUUCCAUACUUUCCAACAUUUAAUACUAAUGCACUUUAGUUUGUUAUUUAUGUGUAAUUCAUCUGUAGAUUUUGUCCUUACCUUCAUGAGUUAUCAUGUUUCAUGUGUGUUAUGUGUACUUCUUUGCUUUACUCCCUGGU